AUGAAUGGUACAUAUUUCUAUAAUUUCAAGACACCUCCAACCCUUGAAGAAUUCGAUCCACUCAAUCCUGGGGAGUGGCAGCUUGGAGCCGCUGGUAAAAUACUUCCCCGUCUUCCUGAGGGAACACGCGUAGGAAAGCUCGUUAUGGGCAAGUAUGGCUUAUACGACCCUGUGUUAAGAAAGAGGGUGGAAACUUAUUCGAAAGCUCUUCUUGAUGGAAAGAAGUCUGAGGAGGCGGGCCCGUUCGAUCGAGCAGUAUCUAAAAUGGUGAAAUUCCUAGGCACCAUCUGCUUCAUUAUGGGCAUAUAUAACCUCUUCACUCUGGCUUAUGGAAAGCUGCUUCCACCUUAUACAUACUUGAAGGAACCCAGGGACUAG